UUCCUUGACAAAUUGGUCAGUGGUAAUCAACAAGGCUGGGAGGGAGGGUGAUUUUUGUUCGUGUUUCGCGCAGCUAGAUGACUAAAUUUCCAGUUAACCUAAUUAUAGUUAAAGUUAAAGAGCAAAGCAACAACGCAAAGGGCAACUGACAGGAGAAGCGACAUCUUGAAUGUGCGCUUGGAUGCCAGUUGUGAACACGGGUUGUGAAUAAGAAUACUCUUGUGGAUUUUUAGAUUGUCAACGGUUGUCAAUGACAUCUGAUUUCAUCAUCUAAUAAUAAUUAUUAAAAUCUUCACGUUAACGUAAUUUUAAAAAGGUUUUUCUAAUUAGCAAACGAAAGUUAAGUGGAAUAAUCAUCAGUAUGGUUCAAUACUAUCAAUCACCAGUGCGGGUUUACAAACACCCCUUUGCACUUGUCAUGCUGGCAUAUGAACGACGGUUCCCAACGUGUCCUCAAAUCCCAGUUUUUGUUGGAUGCGAAGUCACCUUAGAUGAAGAAAGCCAUGGAGGAGCAAUAAGAAAGACAGAACGCCGAUGUAAAUUGAAUGUUGAGGCACCUUACAUACUCAAAAAAAUUAUUGGUGUGGAUUUUGUAUACUUUAUCCAGAGAAAUGUUCUCGACAGACGUACCAGCUGUUUAGAGAUUGAAGCAUGCAAUGAAAGUUUUUCCAGCAGAGUCACCGUUGUAGAGAAAUGUCGAUAUUAUCUUCAUCCCGAGAAUCCAAAUUGGACUUGUUUUGAGCAAACUGCUAGUUUGGAUAUAAAAAAUUUUUUUGGAUUCGAAAGUUCAAUGGAAAAACUUGCGAUGAAACAGUAUGCCCAAAAUAUUGCUAAGGGCAAAGAAAUAAUUGAAUAUUUUAUAAAUGAAUUGAAAGAGGAAGGUAUAACGUAUGUUGAGCCUUGGACAGAUUCAUCUCCAGAAAAAGAUGUUGAAGCAGAUAUUCCUGUGAAAAGCGAGGGUGAAGCUGUUGUCAAUAAAGAAUCAAAUGAUACUGAAACAAAACUACCAAGUAGCAGAGACAUGCAACUUUCAUCGGAUUACAUUGCAAGAUAUUUAGGAAAACUAAACAUGAUGCAGGAGAGUAGAUUAGUACAAUUGCGACAUAGUAUAGAAGAAUUACGUGGCAGCUCUGUGCCAGGGGAUGCUACAUUGCUCAGAUUUUUACGAGCUAGAGAAUUUUCAGUAGAAAAAGCCAGAGAAAUGCUUACACAGUCAUUACACUGGCGAAAGAAGCAUCAAGUGGAUAAGCUGCUGGAUGAGUACGAAGCCCCUCAAGUAGUGAAGGAUUAUUUUCCCGGAGGGUGGCACCACUUUGACAAAGAUGGCCGUCCACUUUAUAUCCUGCGAUUAGGACAAAUGGAUGUUAAAGGUUUAUUAAAAUCAAUCGGGGAAGAUGAGGUAUUAUUAUUGGCUUUGCAUGUCUGCGAAGAAGGUCUACAGUUAAUGGAUGAAGCAACAACAACUUGGGGCUAUCCAGUGUCUCAAUGGACUCUACUUAUAGACUUGGAAGGUUUAAAUAUGCGUCAUUUGUGGCGACCCGGUAUCAAGGCAUUGUUACGAAUAAUUGAAAUAGUCGAGGCCAAUUAUCCAGAAACAAUGGGUCGUGUAUUGAUUAUACGAGCGCCUAGAUGUUUCCCCAUAUUAUGGACACUCAUCAGUACCUUUAUCCAUGAAAACACGAGAAACAAGUUCGUUUUUUCUUGUGGCACUGAUUACCAAGAACAAGGUGCUGGAGGCCUUACCGAUUAUAUAAACCAAGACGUAAUACCAGAUUUUCUUGGAGGUCCAUCAGAGGAAGGAGUUUGCGAGAUGUAUGAUAUGGUACCGCGUCGCUUUUACGUUAUCGACGCAGAAGCCAGCAGUACGUUUAUAGUUGACGGUGGUGUCGUACCAAAGCAGUUGUACCGAUUGGAUCUAGCUAUUGGUGCCUCAACCGAGCACGAACAUAGCUUGUAUCAAUCCAUCAGUCUCAGCCGUGGACAAGUACACAAUGUAUUGAUACAUUCAAAUGAUCCUGGGGCCGUCCUUACGUGGGACUUUGAUGUGAUGCGCCAUAACGUGACAUUCACUGUUUUACGUAAAACAAAACAUAGCAUGUCCGAUGAUGUUGGAGUAUCGACAAACGGUGAUCAUGAAGCUUCUGUACCAAAAGAAUGGAAAGAAGGUGUUGAUUGCGUUAAAGUUGAGCCAAGCGUGUUAUGUCACGAUGGCGAGAGUAUUCAGGGCACUCAUAUCAUGCAACUUGCUGGCAGUUACAUUCUACAAUGGCAAUAUGUAGAUGAUCAAACGGAUCGCCUGCCAGCGAUUACAUCCCACAAGGCGCAGCUUAUGUAUUUCUACGAGACGCUACCAUCUGCCCAAUACAGAGGUUCGAUGAUGAGUUUGCAAUCAGCAGUCAGUGGAAAGUCUAUUGCUAGUUCAUCUCUGUCCAGAUGAGAGAUAACGAUUGUUGAAGACAGCAGCCUGCUUCCUCUUGACGACAAUACCUGAAUGGUAACGAAUGAAAGAUUAUAGGUAAUGUGUAAAGACCAUGGCUAGAAUCGAUUUGGAAAAAUGUACGAAAAUAUGCCUAUGAGUAAAAAAAAAUGUUUAACAAAUUCUAAUUUAUGUUCUACUAGAACUUACUCAUGAUCAUACGAAUACCGUACUUGAGCUCCUCCAUAGAAUUAACUAUUCUCGUACACUUUUCCAUUCCACUUAUUUUUACUAUUUCAAUACAAUACUGGGCCAACAAUUUUCAGUGACUAUAAAAAAUUCAACUCAAAGCAACUCAACUAAUGCAUAUAAUUUAAUGUCUCGAACCUUGAGUUCUCGGAAAAAAAAUGCGAAAAUUUUCUCAUUCCGAGUUUUAAAUGGGGCUAGCGAUAAAUUAUACAGAAAUUUUCUUUGCAAGGAUCAGUGAUGUUCGGAUAACUAACUAAUUUAAGUUUAUUUUUACUAAGGCUAAAACUGUCGUUGACAUACUAUUAGUCACCGUAAAUAGCAAAAAACUGCGCCCGAGCUAAUAAUCAUCGAUGGCCAACUAUAGUAAAUUAUAUAUAUAUACCAUAAAUGUUUACUACGAUCAAAUAAUUAUGAAAAAGCAAUAAUAUAGAAUAAUCUUCAAGCAACCUUUCAACUACUGAAUACCGAACUAUAAUACGCCUUGUAGAUGAUAUGGGGCAAAUUGAUAGAUUUUCAAGUAUCAAGCAAUAUUAUAUGAAAAAAAAAAGGUCAAGUUUCGUCCAGUAUACGUUCGGUAUUCCUCACAGUAAUCACGAUUGGACCAUAAGUUCAACAUAAAAGCAAGUUGCUACAAACAUAAUAUGGUCAAAAACGUAGCAUAUGACUUCAAAUAAUCCAUUCGAACUGAUCAAUCUAAUGAAGAUUGCGUAAUUCACAAUCGCGGUGUUGUUGAGAAGUUAUCUCAUUUUCAGUUAUUUUCCUCAAAUUUUGAGAAGAAAUCUAUGCCCCCCGUCCAGAAGUUAUAUUUACUAUUAAGAUUGAUGUCAUCGAUUGAUGCACCGUUGUGUCGUUUUAUAUUAACAUUUAAGUACACUGAAAUAAUGUACUCACUUUUAUUCUGUUUUUUAUUUGUAAAAAUAUUGUGGUGUUGGUAGAUAGAAAAUGCCACACUGACAUUGAGUAAUCAUUAUAAAAUAUGCCUCGUGGCAGUAGGAAUUGAUGAUGUACCAGUAAUUAGAUUGCUUUCUAGUUUUUGGUGUUGUCAUUUACAGUAACCAAUUUUUUAAUGAAUUUAUUAAAUUUUAGAUAUCGCCCAUUGAAUUGACCGUCUAUAUUCGGCAAUGUUAUGAUUGAACGUAAAUGUUUAAAAAUGAGAUAUUCUCGGGUAUUAUGAUUUGGUAUGAUCACCUUUAAACAUAAACUUACUAUUCAAUGUGUUAGUAUUGUUGUGGUAAAAGUAAAUUUCAAAAGUUGCAAUGAUUUUGAAAUAUUCCAAAUUCAAGCAUUUACUCUUGUAAUAGUAAAUCGAAUGUUUUAUUGACGAAAUUAAUUGUGUGAAUAACAUUGUGUAACAUUAAAAUUCGUGCGAGUUGAACAUUGACAAUUCGCAAAAGUAAUAUAUUUAUAUUGUGGGUAAAUGAAACCACUAUCACGAUGAUCGAUAGUUAUCAAUUGUUAAUUGAAAAUCAAAACCAACAAGUACAAUACUGAAAAAUAAUAAUAUCCGUGCAUGUUAGUGAUAAUAGAUCCAUAAGUAAUGUUUGAAAAAUUUCAGAUAUCAAGUGAUAUUCAAAGUUGGAGAGAUUUUUUAGUAGACAAUGUAAAAUGAAAUUGAUGGAUUACUAUUGUGAGACAUUUCGCUACUGAUAAUGCAACGAUCUAAAUAUCUAGGAAGUUUCAAUUCCCUAAAAUAGGCAAGAACUAUCAGAGUGGUUUAGUGACAGUAUUCAAUCGGCCAAAUAGAUUAUUCUUGAACCACUUAGCCUGAUCUCUGUACAAAACAAAAUCAACGAUAUGAAUGAAUUUUCAAAAAAACUUCAGUGUAUACUUUUGAUUUUCAUAUGUAUCUACCGGUACUGACUUGUAGUUCUGAUUUGUGUUUUCAACAAAGAAGCCUCACUUUCUGAGAUAAUUUAUGUCCGAUUUCAGUUAUACUGCCUGACAAGAUAGAAAUGAUAAAUACGUAAAAUGAUGUUCAUUGCCCCCCUGUUGAAAGAUGUGAAUUCAUGACAACUCAAUUGUUAAUUAGUAAAAGUAGGGUGUUGGUAGUGAUACCUAUAUUAUACUAAUCAUAGGUCAUACAAGCAGAAGAAUAAUGUGAGUGAUAGACCAUGUAAAAGCAUAGAUAAGAACUUUACAUAAUGAAAAGUUAGAUAAACCGAUUCCACAUGAAUUUUUUUAUAUUCUCUUAAUAGUCUGAAUUCUAUGAACGAUGAAGUUACACAGAAGUUGCUACUACACAAGAGUUUGUCGAUACUAAAAAUAUUGUGCCAAAAAAGUGAUAUUCAAAUGAUUAAUAGUUUUUCAAAAUUUUAUUGGUCGUUUUUACUGUAAUGAGUGAAUGUUAUUUUACUCACAUACAUUAUUCUUCUGAAUGGUAUUUCUUAAUCGGUGAAAGGUAUUAACAGAGCUCUUUAGUCCCUGGUACCAAAUACGUAUUAUCGAAAGGAAAUUGUAAAGAACAAAGAAACUAAUUUGUAGUGUAGUCUGAAGGAUAGAGAUAUAUUUAAAUAAAAAUGAUAUAUAACUUUU